AUGAAUUCUCAUGAUGCUGAUGCUUUCGAAGGCCAUGCUACUCGCCGUCGAAGCACCGUUGGUCACCAUCAGAUAAACUCUGAUGAUGACGAUAGUGACAACUACUAUAAUGAGACAGGCAGCGGUGGAUCCAAGAGGAAUCUUAGAAACUUGUUUGGCAGCUCGAAAGAAAGCGACAAGGAUGAAGCUGGUGAUUCUAAUCAUGUUGUGACAAAUUUGCUGGACGUUACUAGUGUAGACGUUGAGUCCUUCGAUGAGGAUGAGAAACUAGCAAAGCCAAAGUACAAAUCGAGAUGGCAGGAGAUCUAUUACGAGUAUAUUAUUGUGGAUAAAUCUACCAUCGGCACCUCUCUACUGGACUCUUUCAUGUACAACCAUGACUUGAAGCCUGUAGAAGAAGAGAGACGGGUGUGGUCAUGGUUCAAUUUCGUAUACUUCUGGUUGGCUGAGUCCUUCAAUAUUAACACAUGGCAGAUCGCUGCAACUGGUUUGCAAAUGGGUCUAAACUGGUGGCAAUGUUGGGUCUCUAUCUGGAUCGGCUAUUCCUUCGUCGGUAUAUUCGUAGUACUAGCCUCCAGAGUUGGUUCCGCAUACCAUUUGUCUUUCCCUAUAUCUUCCAGAGCUGCCUUCGGUAUAUUUUUUUCCUUGUGGCCAAUUAUCAACCGUGUGGUGAUGGCUGUUGUCUGGUAUUCUGUCCAAGCUUAUAUAGCCGCUACACCGGUAUCUCUUAUGCUGCAAUCGAUUUUUGGUAAUGAUUUACCUAGAAGAAUUCCUGAUCAUUUUGGCUCAAAGAAUGCCACCACCUAUGACUUUAUGUGUUUCUUCAUCUUCUGGGUAGCCAGUCUUCCUUUCUUGUGGGUUCCACCACACAAAAUUAGACAUCUAUUCACAGUGAAGGCAAUUCUUGUCCCAUUCGCGGCAUUUGGUUUCUUAAUUUGGGCUAUUAGAAAAGCUCAUGGUAAGAUCGCAUUGGGUACUCUAAAUGAUUCUCAACCACAUGGUUCAGCGUUCUCAUGGGUUUUCCUGAGAUCUAUCAUUGGCUGCAUGGCUAACUUCUCUACUAUGGUCAUUAACGCACCUGAUUUCUCAAGGUUCUCCAAGCACAAAAACUCUGCCAUGUGGUCCCAGCUGAUAUGUAUCCCAUUCCUAUUUUCCAUUACAUGUUUGGUGGGUAUCUUAGUUACCGCUGCUGGAUAUGAGUUAUACGGUGUCAAUUACUGGUCUCCUUUGGACGUGUUGCAAAAAUUCCUGGAUACAGCUUUUACUAGUGGAACUAGAGCUGGUGUCUUUUUGAUCUCAUUUGUGUUUGCAAUUGCUCAACUGGGUACUAAUAUUUCAGCCAACUCGCUGUCCUGUGGUACUGAUAUGUCUGCUCUUCUUCCAAAGUAUAUUAACAUUAGACGUGGCUCCAUCUUCUGUGCAAUGAUGGCUCUGUGUAUCUGUCCAUGGAAUCUUCUGGCAACAUCAAGUAAAUUCACAAUGGCGUUAUCUGCAUAUGCUAUUUUCUUAUCCAGUAUUGCCGGUGUGGUUUGCUCAGACUACUUUGUUGUUAGAAGAGGUUAUAUCAAACUAACUCACAUCUAUUCUCAUAGAAAGGGCUCGUUCUAUAUGUACAACAACAGAUUCGGUAUCAAUUGGAGAGCACUAGUAGGCUACUUAUGCGGUGUCGCUCCAAACUUACCAGGAUUCAUCGCCUCAGUAGGUGGACCAAAUAUCAAAAUUUCGAUGGGCGCCAUGAAAUUAUAUUACUUGAGUUACUGGGUAGGAUACUUUUUGAGUUUUAUAUCCUAUACUGCCCUUUGUUAUUUCUUCCCAGUUCCAGGAACACCAGUUAAAAACAUUUUAAGAGACAAAGGCUGGUACCAGAGAUGGGCCAAUGUCGAAAACUUCGAGACUGAAUGGAGACAUAUGCUAGAAAGAGAGGACCUAUACGGUGACGAUGUCAGUAUAUACAACCAUGAGGAAGAAGAAAAGUUUUUUUAG